CAAUGUUUCGUUUGAUAACAUAUUUGCAGCGACCGAAUAUUGUGGGCUCAUUUUGCAAUUCGAUUUCAUCGCGUAACGUCUUGUCUGUGAACAAUAACCUGUUUCUUUUUGUUUAAAAUUUUAUUUCGCUCGAGCCUAAAUGGAACUCCGAUCGAUUUUAAUAACAACCUUGUCAGUAUUAUGUCUGACAAUAAAUUUAGCUGAAGCUGGUUUCUCAGCAAGCGAAGAUGAUCAAUUAACUACAGCAUUUCGACAACGUCUUCUCAAUCCAACUGAUCAUGCCAAAGUUGCCAGACAACUUGUCCAUUCCGCCAAUUGGGCAUCGGUUGGAAGUAUUUCCACCGAUGACAAAAUCAAAGAUUUCCCAAUGGUAAAUGUUAUAUCAAUAUCCGAUAGUGCUAAAGGUGAUCCUUCUACUGGAAAAAUAUACUUCCUUUUGGUGGAUCUUGAUUUUACUGGAAAAGAUUGGAGAAAAGAAAACAAAGUAACUUUUACCAUAACAAGUGAACAAAGUGGUAAUUGUUCGAAAAUCGAUGUUGAUCCUAUGGAGCCAGUUUGUCAGAGAACCUAUAUUAGUGGAAAAGUUGUAGAGCUGAAAAAAGGUACGAAAGAGUAUGAUUUUGGAUGGAAUGCUUAUAAAAGUCGACACCCGGCUUCUUUAAAUUGGAUUGCAGAACAUAGCUUUUAUCUCUGCGUUUUGGAUAUUGAACAUAUCUAUGUUUUGGAUUGGUAUGGUGGUCCAAAAGAUAUCCCAGUCGAUACAUAUUAUAAAGUUGUUUUAGAAGAUAAAGUCACUCCUGUUCAGCCAACAAAUCAUGCCAAAGUUGCUAGGCAAAUUGUUCAUUCAGUAAAUUGGGCUUCGGUUGGAAGUAUUUCUACCGACAGGAAAACCAAAGGAUUCCCUAUGGUCAAUGUUAUAUCAAUAUCGGAUAGUGCUGUAGGUCAACCUUCAACUGGAAAAAUUUACUUCCUUUUGGUAGAUCUUGAUUUUACUGGACAAGAUUGGAGAAAAGUUAAUAAGCUAACAUUUACGGUAACAAGUGAACAGAAUGAAGAUUGUUCCAAAAUUAAUAUCGAUCCUAUGGAGCCGGUUUGUCAGCGAGCUUAUAUUAGUGGAAAAGUUGUGGAGCUCAAAAAUGGAACAAAGGAAUUUGAUUUUGGAUGGAAUGCAUUUAUUAGUCGUCAUCCAGCAACUAAAAAUUGGGUUGCAGAACACAACUUCUACCUUUGCGUUUUGGAUAUUCAACAUAUCUAUGUUUUGGAUUGGUAUGGAGGUCCAAAAGAUAUUCCAAUUGAUGAAUAUUAUAAAGUUGUCUUAUAUGAACAUCCUAUUACUCCAGAUUUUUAAAUUUUGUACAUAAAUUGUAUGUAAAUAAUAUACAAUUAUAAAAUUGCUGAUUUUAAAA